GCGCAUACUGGAGGUAGCAGAGGAGAUCAAAGAUGACCCUCAGCUCAACCGCCAGCAGAUAUUCGACCAGGUGCUACUGCCAGUGGCCAGGGGCUUACCGGACGAGAGGGGGGUGUGUUUGAUCGGGGUUCGAGAGGCACUCCGCAUGUUCCAAGCCCUGCGCACAGUGGGAGUGCAUGCAUCGCGCAUGGUAUUAGAGGCAUUGUUAGACUCAUGUGCGGCCAUGGGCGACCUGCCUCGCGCGCUCCAUGUAAUGGACGACAUGGACCGCAAUGACCUGCCGCCCACCGUCUUCACUCUCUUCCGCCUCUUUCGAACUGCCAUAACAGCAGAGGACGAGGAUGCUGCUUGCGCUGCGCUGCGCCAGAUGUCGCCCUCUGAUUUGUCCGAUGAGGACGUGCAGUUGCUGGUGCUUAAAGCCCUCGAGCCCUUCAUCCGGGCGGCGGCUGAAGGGGGAGAGGAGAUGGCACUGGCCAAUGAGACGCUGCCACGUGUCAGGGAGGAGGCUUACGUGGCGAUUUUGAGAGCGAAUGCACUCAAGCUGAGGGGCUUGGUAGGGAGAGAAGGGGAGAGGGGCGGGAAGUGGGGAGAGCGAGGGGAGAAGGAUGGGGGAGUGGGUGAAGAGAUUUCUGAGAUUCUCGCAAGGCAGCAGUCUUGGCAGUCCAAAGAAAGCAGGACAGGAGAACCAACAUGA